AUGCAAGAACAAAUCCAACGGUCAUCACCGACCAAUGAGACCUCGCCACAUCACGCGAACCCAACUCCACAAACAGAACCAGAAGCCUCCAAGAUAGAGUCUCCCGAAUUUUCCUCUCAGCCCGAAAGUAAAAAACCGGUCAAUGUUACAACCGGUAAUAAACCGGCAAACGACGGCUACAACUGGAGAAAAUACGGGCAGAAGCACGUGAAAGGAAGUGAGUGCCCGAGAAGUUACUAUAAGUGCACGCACUCGAAUUGUCCGGUCAAGAAGAAAGUCGAGCUUUCUCUAGACGGGGGUAUUUUGGAGAUUGUGUACAAGGGGCAGCACAAUCACGCACCCCCUCGAAAUAAUAAUAAUAAUAAACGGGCGAAAGAUGGUUGUGGGCUUGAGACAAACGGGCCUAACGAGGCUAGUUCUCAGCCCAUGAAUUUGCGGGUGGGCCCACAACAGCCGCUCGAGCGUGAUAAUAUUAAUGGUGAUGUGGAAAAUAAUGUGAUUGUGGUGGAUGAUGUGGAUGAUGAGGAACCGAUUGCUAAAAGGAGGAGCUUGGAUGUUGAGCAGUCGAAUCCAGUUUCUUCGCAUCAAACAAUUACCGAAUCCAAAAUUGUCGUUCAGACAAGAAGCGAAGUUGAUCUUUUAGACGACGGUUAUAAAUGGAGAAAAUACGGACAGAAAGUGGUCAAGGGGAAUCAACAUCCUAGGAGUUAUUACAGAUGUACAUAUGCCGGGUGUAAUGUGCGAAAACACGUCGAGAGGGCCUCUGCAGAUCCUAAAGCCGUGAUUACUACUUACGAAGGUAAGCACAAUCACGAGAUUCCUUCUAGAAGGUUCUCGGUUCAUGCCAAUGUUAGUCCUCCUCAGCCUCUAAAUUUGCCAAAAUCAGCAGCCAAUAUUCCCUUUUCGGCUCCGGAAAUGGAUUUCUCGAGCCAAGAUAAGAUUCCGGUGACUUUACAUCUCAAGGAAGAACAAAUUGCUGCAUGA